AUGGACAUAGAGAAGGUCAACUCCAUGGACUUCGGUGAAUUUGUGGAUGUGUUUGGGAACAUCAUUGAAAAAUGCCCUCUGAUUGCAGCUGCUGUUUGGUCCCAGCGUCCAUUCUCGGACUUGGAAGACUUAGAGAAUCACUUUUUUGCUUUUAUCGAUGCUCUUCCAAGGUCAGGCCAGGAGGGCAUCCUGCGCUGUCACCCGGACCUAGCGGGCCGCGAUCUGCAGCGUGGCACGCUCACCGCCGAGUCGCAGCGCGACCAGAGCCAAGCGGGCCUCACCAGCCUGGACGCCGACGACCGGCUGCGGCUGCAGCGACUCAACGCCCAGUACCGCCAGCGCUUCGGCUUCCCGUUCGUGCUGGCUGCGCGCCUGAGCGACCGCGCCGCGGUGCCCCGGGAGCUAGCCCGCCGGCUACACUGCCAGCCCGAGUCAGAGCUGCGCACCGCCCUGGGCGAGGUGAAGAAGAUCGGCCACCUGCGCCUGGCGGAUUUGCUAGGCGCCGAUCCCGCCGGGGUGGAAUCGCCGCGGGCCUAG